CCGCAUCAUAGCAUCGCGUCCUAUGAUUAGAAGGAGACCGCUUAUUACGGAGCGGCGCCAAUCGUAAACGGUAAAAGCACAGUAUAAUUCUGCAGCACGCGGCUGACGAGAUACAUACUACUCGUACAUUUGACAUCCAAAAAUAUCUCUUGCUUCAUUGCACACAUUCUGUCGCUGCAACCUUCGUCCGUGUUUGUACAUGUUCCACUUUGUACGGCCAAGUGUUCACUUGAAUUAAUUAACGAGACACGGAGAAUAGAGAAUCGGCUGGUGUGGAUUUACGGGCGCAAAAUCGAGCCACUGGAUAUCGCCAGCCAAUGUCGGACUGGCUAACCACACUGGCCCCGCCUGCCGUGGUUAAUCGCUUUUGUCUCGAUUAGUCGUGUCUAUAGGUGCGUGUGUUUUUAUCGUCGCUCCUUAUCGGUGGCUGUUUGCAUACGGCAGCAUAUGGAUUCCCUGUACCGCGUCCAUCUCUUUACGCAGGCACACGCGCGCGCUCCCUUAUCAGCAGCAGCAGCAAUAAGCCAGCUCAGUCCUGUCAAUCUCAUCGGCAAUUGAUGGCUUUUUAUAUAGCCCACUGAUUGGCCUGCAUUGCACUGCUCCGUUUGUCCUCUCGGCGCUCACUCACUCAUAUUCGGCGUUUUUCUCUCACUGGAUGCAGUUCUAUCCGGCUGUGCACACCAGCGCAAAUCAUGACUGACUUGGGAUAACUUGCGGUUAAUUGGUCAUUAUUUUAUCGUAUUACAGCAUUUUCAGCGCAAUGAGUGGAUAAAUUCAUCAGCUACCAGUUCAGCCGUUAAUUUUUUUUGCGCAUUGCGAGCAUACGUGUGUUACUGUAUUUUGGGAAGUUGUCCACGACAGCGAUAUGCGAUCUUUGGGGAAGGGAAGCGGGUGGUCAGGGACGACAGUGUUUUGGUAAGGUUGGUCGGGUGCGGAUCAGUGAUGGAUUUGGCGGGGAAAUGGCUAAUGGUGAUGGUGGUGUUGUUGUUGCGAAUGACUCUGGUGCGAUUAUCUCGGAUUAAGCCGCAUACCAUUCUCCACUCGGACAGCGACGACGAGGACAUCAUUGUCGGCUCGGGCCAGGGAUGGGCAUCCGGCUCGGGAUUCCUUGAUGUCGACCUGUACAGCGAAGCCGGCGACGACGAAGAUUUGCCGGUAACGCGCUCCCCGUUGCGGUCGUCGGCUGGUUCCGGCUCGCUGCGCUUCGCCACGCCCGAACUGGAUCUGGAGCGGGCGCGGCGCAUCUCCUGCAUCGUCUGCACGACGGACGGCGACGCGUCCUGUCGGGAUCCCUACGUGCGCAAUGAAUCUCACGUUAAGCCCUGUGAAAGCACCGUCGAGGGCUGCCUCAAAGUCCUCACGCCGUCCGGUGACACAUAUCGCAGCUGUCUGUACGGGAUGUUCGGGACGGCCGAGCAGGCACCGGGCUGCCGAUCCAUCCGCGAAGAACAGGUGGGUCACCGCUUCAUGGCGAACGUCAGCGCCACCAUCUGCGUGUGCCGGCACAACGAGUGCAACGGUGCCGACCUCAACGCGCCCCUCCCGCCCACCACCAGCGAGCCUCUGGACUUCAUGGAUGCCGCCAACACCGUCAGCAUCCGGGCCCAUCGCAUCAGUCACGGCGUGGCCGGCGCCCGGGCGGACGCCAUACUAACCGCGGGGAUUUUGUUAGUUAUGGCGGGGCGCUACCGAUGACCUUUGUUGCUGCUCAAAUUACGGUUAUGUGGGAGGGGUUUCUACUUGUAGUCGUGAUGAUUUGUGAUGCUGGCUCGACUGUUCUUUCUCUUUCUUUACCGACUGCAGUUGACCUUUUGGAUUGAACCGGGGCUGUGUUGGGAGACGAAUACCGUCGCCGCUUUUUUCUGAUUAAUUUUCCCGUCUCUGCUUUGUUGCCAUUUUUGCAGUUGGUGUUUUUUUCUAAAAGGGUUUUUAGCCGGGAUAGAUAUUCUGUGGUGUGAAGACUAUAAAUGUAUUUUGAGAAGAA